AUGUCCACACGAGGCCGCGCCGGUAAAUUUGCAAAGCCAAAGCGAGGAGGUGGCAAGCACUUCAGCCGGAACCUCCAACCCAUCAACGCCGAUGGCGAGGUCAUGAGCAUCUGGGGAGAGCCCCGUGACACCAAAGCCGAAGAAUCGUCCUCCGAAGAAGAAGAUUCGUCAGAAGAAGAAGAUUCCGACGACGAAGACGGACCAACCCAACAAGCUCCCGAGACGCGCGAACAGCGCAAAGCAGCGGCCAAAGCCCGCAAAGAGGCCGCCAUAGCGCGUCAAAAGGCCAAACCCGCCGCUCCAGGCGACCUCCCAUCCUCAGAGGAAGAAUCCUCAGACGAAGACGGCGACGAAGAAGAAGACCUCCCCUCAAACCCCAACCUCUCCUCCGCCUCCCGCGCCCAGGCCUCCGCGGCCAUCGCCUCCGCUUCAAGCGCCGCGGCACCGCCCAAAGCCUCAAAGCCGAAGCCGCUGUCGCAGCUGUCGCGGCGCGAGCGUGAAGCGCUACAGGCGCAGCAGGCGAAGGAGCGAUACCAGAAACUGCACGCGGAGGGCAAGACGGACGAGGCGCGGGCUGACCUCGAGAGGCUGAGGCUGGUGAAGGAGAGGAGGGAGGCGGAGGCUGCGAGGAAGAAGGCGGAGACGGAGGAGAAGGCGGAGCAGGAGAAGAGCAAGGCGGAUCAGCUGGCGAGGGAGGAGAGGAUGAGGCAGGCGGCGAGGGGCGGGAGUGCGAGGGGCGGAAAGAAGGGGGGCAAGAAGUAG